CCCCGGGAGCGCGGCAUGGGAGGCGCGCUGCUGCUCGCGCUGCUGGCGGCGGCGCGGGCCGGCGAGCCCAACGCCACCAAUUUCACCACCUUCCUACCGGAGGAGGAGAAGGCGCCCCUCUUCCCCGCGGACAUCUUUACAGAGGAGCAGCGGCGGUCGGGCGCGGUGCUGCUGCACGUGCUCGGCAUGGGCUACAUGUUCGUGGCGCUGGCGAUCGUGUGCGACGAGUUCUUCGUGCCGGCGCUGGACGUCAUCAUCGAGCGGCUGGCCAUCCGCGAUGAUGUUGCGGGUGCCACCUUCAUGGCGGCCGGCGGCUCCGCGCCAGAACUCUUCACCUCCAUCAUCGGCGUGUUCGUGUCUUUCGAUGACGUCGGCAUCGGGACGAUCGUUGGCUCCGCCGUCUUUAACAUAUUGUUCGUGAUCGGUGCUUGCGCGCUCUUCUCGCGCACAACUCUCUCGCUCACCUGGUGGCCCCUGUUCCGAGACUGUACCUUCUACUCGAUCAGCCUGCUAGUGUUGAUAUACUGUUUCCGGGACAGCAUGAUAUACUGGCAGGAGGCGCUGGUGUUGUUCUCGCUGUACGGCGCGUACGUGAUGUUCAUGCGGUGGAACCAGCCCGUCGAACGCGCGCUCAAGAAGCUCAUCUACAAGAACAAGGUGACCAGAGUCCGCAGCACGGACCAGCUCAUGCCCACGCACCAGGCAGCCGCUCAAACCUUGCACGGCAACGCGACGACGUCAAGCGAGACGUCAGUGGGCACGAACACAGCGACGGCACCGGCUGCGGGCCCGAGCCGAGCGCCGCCGCCCACUGCCAAGUUCCGGCACGGCCUGCUACAGCUUAUGAUACAUACAAUCGACCCGAUGCACGAUGGUGAGUUAGGUAAAGUGGAUGAAAAGGCCACACAGCUACACGCGAUAGCUUCCCUCAAGGUGCUACUGGAGGCAACGAGGCCGACAGCGGGAGGUGCAGGCGCGACGGCGGCGAGGCAUUCUGCAGUCGCCAGCCAGCCCAAGGAGACCCCCCUUGACCUUCCCAACGGGGGACUCGCUGAUGUACAGUUAGAUGCUAUAGAAGAGAUAGGAGACCUGGAGGAAGACACGACACCGCUCGACAUGUCGUGGCCGUCAGGCUUCCGCAAGCGACUCACUUACCUGCUGGUCGCACCCAUUGUCUUCCCGCUCUGGUGCACUCUGCCCGAUACGAGGACGCCUAAAGGGAAAAAUCUAUUUCCCAUAACGUUUAUAGGAUCGAUAGUCUGGAUAGCGUUCUUCUCUUAUUUGAUGGUGUGGUGGGCGAAUGUUGCGGGAGCGACGGCGCAGAUCCCACCCGAGGUGAUGGGCCUUACCCUGCUCGCAGCGGGGACCUCGGUGCCAGAUCUCAUCACCUCAGUCAUAGUCGCCAGGAAGGGCUUCGGAGAUAUGGCGGUAUCCAGUUCAGUGGGCAGCAAUAUAUUUGAUGUUACCGUUGGGUUACCUCUCCCCUGGUUGCUGUACGGUCUGAUAAACGGUGAGCCGGUGCAAGUCAACUCUAAAGGCAUGGUCUGCAGCAUCGUCUUACUCUUCGCUAUGCUGAUCUUCGUAAUUAUCAGCAUAGCCUGCUUCAGGUGGAAGAUGAACAAGGGCCUCGGAUUUACAAUGUUCCUUUUGUACUUCGUCUUCGUUGCUGUCAGUUUAGGUCUCGAAUACGGAUUCUUCCAUUGCCCAAGCGAAUAGUUUGUGAUAGUCGAAUCUGGAAUAAAUACAGAUAAUAAUAUGAAAGGAACAAAGAAGCAAACACAUUGUCGAUGACAGCGGAUUGAUUGAAAUUGAAUGGAAAUAUCAAAUAUAAGGAAAAUAGGGAAUAAAGAUUCAUUCACAUAAUCCAAUAACUCAUAGGUAUUGUAUUUAAAAUGUUUGGAACUUUCUCGAAAAUGUGACAUAGUUUAUAAUCUCAUUUACGAAUCUCAUUUUUGUUUCUUUUCAUGUAUUCAAAUUAAUUGCUCAAGUAGCACGAACAAAAUCACCAUCAUUCGAGAAUAUCAGUAUCAUAAAAAUUGUAAGCAAUAUUGAAUUUAGAGAAAAAAAAAUUGAAUUUAAAGACAUACAUAUUAAUAAUUGUCAAUAAGAAAAUAAUACUACGACGGCUGCAUUUUUAGUAUGUAAAGUAUCAUGAUUUUUAAACUAAGUAAGUUGCCUUAGUCUAUGACAUUUAGAAGACAAAUACUAGAAAUAUUCGAGUAGGCGGUUAUGUAAAAAUAUAUACUGAUGUUCGAAGCACAAAUAACGAUGUAAUAUAGUGUUAGGACUACGGGUGAUAAUGUAAUGUCCACAACAUUAACGAAUGCAGAGAACAAAAAGAAAUGAGUGUUACUGAGCAGGAUCAAUGUCAUAAUGACUUAUUGAAAGCUAUCAGAGGAGAAAGUAGAUUUAUAAUAGCCAUUAAUAUAAAUGGCGCUUAUACAAAUUUUUGCAAAAACGUAGCGAAAGUGUGCAUUUUAUUUUUGUAAACAUUUUGAUUUUUGUAAAUUAUA